AUGGCGGCCACCAUGAAGAAGGCAGCUGCAGAAGAUGUCAACGUUACUUUCGAAGAUCAACAAAAGAUAAACAAAUUUGCAUGGAAUACAAGUAGAAUCACAGAGCUGAAGGAAGAAAUAGAAAUAAAAAAGAAACAGCUCCAAAAUUUAGAAGAUGCUUGUGAUGAUAUCAUGCUCGCAGAUGAGGACUGUUUAAUGAUACCUUAUCAAAUUGGCGAUGUUUUCAUUAGCCAUUCUCAAGAAGAAACACAAGAAAUGUUAGAAGAAGCAAAGAAAAAUUUGCAAGAAGAAAUUGAUGCCUUAGAAUCCAGAGUGGAAUCAAUUCAGUGGGUUUUAGCAGAUUUGAAAGUUCAGUUAUAUGCACAAUUUGGGAGCAAUAUAAAUCUUGAAGCUGAUGAAAGUUAAACAUUUUAUAAUACUUUUUUCUAAUUUGUUAAUUUGUUUAAUAAACUUGAAU